AGGCAGGCAGAAACCUGGGCGACUGCGACUCCAGCCAUGGUGCCUGUUUUGCUCUCCCUGAGUCUCUCCCACCUGAGCCUGUGGGCUUUUGGGCUGGUCUCAGUCUUAGUCUUCCUUAAGCUCACUCGGCUGCUGCUGCGGAGGCAGAUGCUAGCCAGAGCUAUGGACAGAUUCUCAGGGCCCCCUACCCACUGGCUUUUUGGGCAUGCCCUCGAGAUCCAGCAGACUGGGGGUUUGGACAAGGUGGUGUACUGGACUCACCAGUUCCCUUACGCCCACCAACUCUGGCUUGGACGAUUUCUUGGCUUCCUGAACAUCUAUGAUCCUGAAUAUGCCAAAGCUGUAUACAGUCGAGGAGACCCGAAGGCACCAGAUGUGUAUGACUUCUUCCUCCAGUGGAUUGGGAAAGGCUUGCUGGUUCUCCAAGGGCCUAAGUGGUUCCAGCAUCGCAAGCUGCUCACACCUGGCUUCCACUAUGAUGUGCUGAAGCCCUACGUGGCCGUGUUUGCCGAGUCCGCACGUGUCAUGCUGGACAAGUGGGAGAAAAAGGCUCGUGAGCAAAAGAGCUUUGACAUCUUCAGCGAUGUGGGCCACAUGGCGCUGGACUCGCUUAUGAAGUGCACCUUUGGCAAAGGAACCAGCGGCCUGAAUGACAGGGACAACAACUACUACCUGGCGGUCAGCGAGCUCACACUGCUAAUGCAGCAGCGCAUCGAUUCCUUCCAGUACCACAAUGACUUCAUCUACUUUCUCACCCCGCAUGGCCGCCGCUUCCUGCGGGCCUGCCAGGUGGCCCAUGACCACACAGACCAGGUCAUCAGGGAUCGGAAAGCAGCCCUCCAGGAUAAGAAAGAGCGGGAGAAGAUACAGAGCAAGAGGCACCUGGACUUCCUGGACAUUCUCCUGGGGGCUCGGGAUGAAGAAGGCAUCAAGCUAUCGGAUGAAGACCUCCGGGCCGAGGUGAACACAUUCAUGUUCGCAGGCCAUGACACCACCACCAGCGCCAUCUCAUGGGUUCUCUACUGCAUGUCCCUGUACCCCGAGCACCAGCGUCGUUGUCGGGAAGAGAUUCAAGAGAUUCUUGGGGACCGGGACUCUUUGAAGUGGGAUGAUCUGGCAGAGAUGACCUACCUGACCAUGUGCAUCAAGGAGAGCUUCCGCCUGUACCCGCCUGUGCCCCAGGUGUACCGCCAGCUCAGCAAGCCUGUCAACUUUGUGGAUGGUCGCUCUCUACCUGCAGGCAGCCUGAUUUCUCUGCACAUCUAUGCCCUCCAUAGGAAUAGUACAGUGUGGACUGACCCUGAGGUCUUCGACCCCUUACGCUUUUCUCCUGAGAAUGUGGCCGGACGCCACAGCUUUGCCUUCAUUCCCUUCUCUGCUGGGCCCAGGUGAGUCAUUCCAAGAGAGACCCCUAAGUCGCAACCCACAGUGUGAACCUACCUAGUCUGGGACCCUCACUAUGCUCCCGAGAUCUGUUUCUGAAGCCCAGGCCAAUCAAUCAGUCAACGAUUCAUCCGUACAUAGUGAAUGAUUUCUGUUGGACACUUAGAGCGCUAGUUUUUAUCACUCUGGACAUCUCAUAGCCUGAUGUCAUUUUGUGCUGCUCAUUGCAGGAACUGCAUUGGCCAGCAGUUUGCUAUGAACGAGGUAAAAGUGGUCACAGCCCUCUGCUUGCUCCGUUUUGAGUUUUCCC